CACACAAUAAUAUAUGCAAUAUAUUCUAUCUGAGUGCAGUGACAAGAUCGUGACGUCAGCGCAGCUCAAAAGUGCAAUUCCCCAACAAAAAAAAACAAAGCUCAAUUUGCAAUCUCUCGCCCCGUUUUACCCCGUUUUCGUAAUCGCAUCGUGCAAAAAGCAAAAAAAAGUAAAAAGAGUUAUUAACAAAAAGUGAAUCUGCCAGCUGGCCUCCCGCUCGCACUCACCCAGUAUUAUUGGUACCGCUGCCGUCGACGUCGACGUCGCUGUCGCCGCGCUCUUCAUUGUUUAUGUUUUUUUGUGUUCUUACCCCCCUCCCCCUCCCAGAAGGCGGAGAAGUAAGUAAUAAUAAAAGCAAUGCGCUCGCAAUGAAACGAAAUUGAGUGAAAAAAUAAAUUUCGUUUACAAAAAAAUUAAAAAGCAAAAAUAAAGAAAAAAAAAAAUUAUAAGCGAAUGAGAAGAAAAAAAUUCACUGCCAAGCAAAUUUCACGCCGUAUUUAAUCUUUGCUCACUGACCGCCUCCAGCUUAAUCGCUGCUCGUCUUUCUUUCCGUUCCGUUCGCGAUCGCGAGUGUUCUGUGCCCCGAUUCUGGAUAUAUAGCUCCGGCUUUAGUCCCAGUAACGGCCACCGAUCUAAUCCGACCACGAUCCAACCCCACCUUUGCAUCUCGAUUUCCAAUCCUACCAUUCCCGGGCUGUGUGUUCUGCAGACCGCCGCGCGUUCAGAACAGCACUCGGAACAUAUACCGCUGAAAUCGGCCAUCCUUAAACUGAAAGUUGAGAAAUUCCUGAAAUAUUCACAAUCCCUUCGCAUCGAUAAUGAUAGUGCUCUGUGCCCGCAUAUGAAAGUGCUGUAGAAAACUUGAAAAUCUCAUAAAAAUCCGUUUGGUGUAGCAAAAAGGAACCAACUUAGUUUAAGCAUUUUUAAGGAUAACCUUAGCACCCUAGGCGACCGCCACAGUAAGAUGUCCUCAACGUUGGUCCUUAUCACAGCGCUCCUCUUGGCCAGCACAGUAUGCCAGGCCCUGCCAGAUUUGCACAAACAAAUGUCGCCGGAGCAGUUGCAGUCAGUCUUCCACGUGGACACCCAUGACGCAGUGCCCCACUAUGAGCUUGUCCAGCUGCUGCACCAUGAAAACAACCACAACCACCAGCGGCGGCGGCGCAGCAUCGGCGAGGGGCCAAAGGUCAACGCCGCCCUGCCGCCCCAUCACGUGAAAAAGGAUCUCAGCAAGAAUGCCUACUACAGCGAGCUGAAGCACGAGGCCAUGUCCUCGGGCGGCAACCACCUGUUCGGGCCGGAAGUGAGUGCCAUCAAGUCGCACAAUGUCUCCUUCAGCGCCUUCGGCCAGCACCUGAACCUCAGUCUGCGCGCCACCCAAGGACUCUUCAAGGGCGCGCCCCACCAGCUGCGCAUGUGGACGGUGGGCAGCGAACCCAAUGCCACCCACGGCCUUGACCUCCAGGAGAUCGUUCACGAAGAGCACCACAAAAACGAUGUUGGAGAAGUCUUUCAAGAUGAGAAGAACAUGGCUGCCAUUUUGAUGCGACGCCACAUGGAAACGGGCGACCUGAUAAUGGAGGGCAGCAUCGGUCACGAUCUGGUGAUCAAGCCCUUGCCGCACGAGCUCAGUCCCAAUCCAGAGGAGUCCCAUCACAUCAUCUACAAACGGGAGGCAUCCGCAGCAGAAGACCAACUGAGUGACUUUGCCUUCAUGGAACCUGAUGAUCUGGUGGCCAGCGAAAAUCUUGAGAGAUUGCAGCGCCGCCAGCGUCGCAGUCGACGCAGUGCGCCCAAGAGUCCCGACUUCGAGGACCUCAACGACGAGGACGAAGGCGCCCUGGAGGCGGAGCCCCAAGUGGCCGAGUCCCGGGCUCGAUCCCGCCGCCAGGCCCCGUACAUCAUCUAUCCCGAGGUCUUGGUUAUCGUCGACUACGAUGGCUAUCGGCUGCAUGGCGGCGAUAAUUUGCAGGUCAAACGCUACUUCAUCUCAUUCUGGAACGGAGUCGAUCUGCGCUACCGCCUGCUGAAGGGUCCAAGAAUACGCAUCAGUAUUGCCGGCAUUAUUAUUUCAAGGGGUCGUGACGCCACUCCCUAUCUGGAACGCAAUCGAGUGGGUCGGGAUGCCAUCGAUUCGGCUGCUGCUCUCACGGACAUGGGAAAAUAUUUGUUCCGGGAACGCCGACUGCCCGUCUACGAUAUUGCCGUGGCCAUAACCAAGUAUGAUAUGUGUCGCAGGCGAAAAGGAGGUCGUUGCACCAAGGGCACAGCGGGCUUCGCUUACGUCGGUGGCGCAUGCGUUGUGAACAAGCGACUGGAGAAGGUGAACAGCGUGGCCAUCAUCGAAGAUACCGGUGGUUUCAGCGGCAUUAUCGUGGCUGCCCACGAAGUGGGACAUCUGCUGGGAGCGGUGCAUGACGGCUCGCCGCCACCGAGCUAUUUGGGUGGACCAGGUGCCCAGCGGUGUCGCUGGGAGGAUGGCUACAUCAUGUCCGAUCUGCGCCACACGGAGCGGGGAUUCAGAUGGUCCGCUUGCACGGUGCAGAGCUUCCAUCAUUUCCUCAAUGGAGACACGGCCACCUGCCUGCACAAUGCCCCGCAUGAGGACAGCGCCUUGGGUAGAUCGCUGCCGGGAACCCUGCUCUCGCUGGACGCCCAGUGCCGCAGGGAUCGGGGAACGUAUGCCUGCUUCAAGGACGAGCGAGUGUGUGCCCAACUCUUCUGCUUCGACGCCCAGACAGGAUACUGUGUGGCCUACAGACCAGCGGCCGAGGGCUCGGCCUGCGGUAAUGGUUAUCACUGUCUGGAUGGUCGCUGCACACCACUGCCCUCGAAUAUCAUUCCCGACUACGGACACAACUAUCGUUUAGUCUACAAUAAAAUCAACAACAAGAAAGAUGCAGCGGAAGAAAUUGAGAGUAGUAGUGAGGAGACGGAGUCCCAGGAGGACGAAAAUGAAAGUAAUGAGGAUCAGGAUGAGGGCAAUACAAGUAGCGAGGAGCAGGAGGCCAAUCAGCAGGACAACAGGAUCGAGCAGAGCUCUGCCGCUGGCGCCGCUGCUGUGACGACGUCGACGACAACCACCAGAGCAACAACCACAACAACCGCGAAGACAACAACAACCACUGUGAAGCCCAAGUCGAAGGCUUUUGGCUAUCUGCAUCGCAGUCUGCCCGAAGGACAAUGGAUGCAGGAUAACGGUGUGCUGGUCAAGACGCGCAUCAGCAGCAGUGUCAGCAGCAGCAGCAGCAGUAGUAACAGUAACAGCAACAGCAACAGCAACACCAACGCUGACCCCGCAGCAACAUCAACACCCAAGCCCCGAACAACUACUUCAACAACAACAACCACACAAACACCGAACCUAUUCCAAAUCUAUACACACGAAUUACGCAAACAAAUCGAAUACUAUUUACACAUGCUACAGACACAACAACAUGCUACCAAAUUGCAACCAGAACAACAGCAACAGCAGUCACAACAACAACAGUCGAUAGUUGAAAUCCCUUUGGUACAAAAACGCCUUACAAAUUAUAGUGUAACCAGCAGCAGUAGCAGCAGCAACAGCAACGGGGCAAAACAACAACAGCCACCGAACGCCAAGGAUGAGAACCAGAGACAGCAGCAACAACUCCAGGAGCAGCAGCAACUUCAGGAUGGGCUGCCCGAUGAGGAGAACGAGGCGACUGCCGGCAUUCAGAGCAAUGAAGCGAUUGAGCGGCAAAAACGUAAGUUCCCCACACCACCCACCACAGCAAUUGUGUCUGCAACAAGUGCUGCCAAGCCAUCAGCAACACCCACAUCAGCAACAACAACAACAACAACAACAACAACCACGGCCAGACCGAUAACAACAUCAUCAUUUCUCGAUGUGUACUUUAAAAAACUGCAAGCCUUGCAUGAUGGUGGUUCGGCCACGACGACAACCACCUCCGUAUCGUCAUCAGUCAGCAGCUCGGCAACAUCCAGUAAGCAGCAGCAUGCCCAGCAGCAACAUGCCCAGCAGCAACAGCAACAUCAGCAGCAGCCAGAUGGCAGCGCAUUUCUGAAACGUACGCCAAACCGGAGUAGUAUUAAGGCAUACAAAACUAGUAGUAGCAGUAGUAGUAACAGCAGUAGUCAGCCACAACAGCAACAAUAUGUGACAAACUAUAUUGGCGACACCACAAACAAUCUGCCAGCGGUGUUGGACAAUAACGGUGGUGCGUCGAGCACCACCACGGAAACCGCCAAGAAACCCAAAAUCAAAACACAAAAACUCAUACGCCGCACACGAGUCAUGUAAAAAACGAUCUGAAGAUCUGAAGAUGCGGCAGACAACUCUGAUACCAAUUAUCAUAAGCUACUACAUACUGCUAGCCAGAAAGAAACACUGAUCACAGAUCACAGAUCCAGAACGCUGCUGGAGAAAUCGAAACAUCCGACCUUCGAGGGCCCCCCAACAACAUUAAAUACAAAACCACAUACACUAGACAAACAUCACACACAAAUAAAUGCUAAACCGAUCGAAACCGUUACCGAUAUUCGUUAUCCUUACGUGCGUGGUUAACUGGAAGCUGUUUCCGUUCUAGUGAAAGUGCAAGGCAGCAACAUUGGGGAACGUUUGGAACUGGCAUGCAGACGUCACUGCCAUCGAAAUUGGAACAAAUGUUUGCAGUUAAAAAGUGUUUUUAGCUAGAAUUUAUUACUAUUAUUAUCUGUAUGAAAAACUAUUGAUUUGUUGUUAGAUCUAGCCGCAACUAAUUUAAAAAUAUUUUCUGUUAAUUACAACUCGAACAACAGAACAAAGUUGUUAUGUUCAGUACAUGCAUAUAUUAUGUAAUUUAAUUUAAUGCAAAUUCUUGUAAAAUAGUACAUAUUAUUCUGUAAAAAGUUCAUCUACGCACGCACUUUUGGCAGACAACCUAAAUUAUUCUUUGAGCCACAAAACAAUCGAAAGGAAAAUUUAUAAUAACCCCACUUUCCAAUGUGAUAAACAUAUAUAAUUUGUACACUUUACGUAACAAAAUAUUUAAUCAUUUUCUUUUAGAAAAAUGCUAUAAAGGUUGAGAAUAGUUCACUUACUUACCUUGCCGCACUUUGCCUACAAGAAAACUUAAUUUGUUCAUUCCAUUAUUGUAUUAAAACUAUUAAAUGUCUAAAUUAAAAACAAAAAUUCAUCACUCUACUUUUACCUAGCCUAAUGCUCUUUUUUAUACAGCAAACAAAAAAUGUAAUAGAUAAGUUUUAGUUGUAGUUAACUGAACAUCAUAUAAUAAAUGAAACUGUACAUUUAUCACACA